UCCAUGUCAGCAAGCCAGAGCUGGUAUACAGAAAGCCUCCCAGUGUCCCUUGGCCCUGAGUCCUGGCAGCAGAUUGCAAUGGAUCCUGAAGAAGUCAAAAGCUUGGAUAGCAACGGAGCUGGAAAGAAGAGUGAGAACAACUCUUCCAACUCUGAUAUUGUGCAUGUGGAGAAAGAAGAGAUCCCUGAGGGUGCAGAGGAGGUGGCCAGGGCUGCUUCUGGCUUGCCUACCAAGGAGCCACAAGAGGCUUUGCCUGGAGCCCCUGCUCCCUUGCUUCCACACAUCACUGCCACUUCCUUGCUGCAGACAAGGGAACCUGACCCGGAAGUGAUCACAGUUGAGGAAGUCAGCCUUGUUCCGUCUCUGUUCGUAGAACUCAGUGAAGAAGAGGUGAGAGCAGCCAUCACGGAGCCUCAUGAAGUGGAUGAGGGGGUGCCCCCUUCACUGCUGAGGGAAAAGGAGGCCCCUGUGAGGAAGGAGAGACUCAGCAGGGAGUGCCCUCCUGCCCAGGAGGUGAAGGCCUUCUCUGUGCCUGAGGGCAAGUCUAUAACGCUCUUCGGAGGGGCUGCUGCUGUGGCCCUCCUGGCAGUGGCAGUUGGGGUCGCCCUGGCUCUGAGAAGAAAACAGUGGCUUUUUCAGAAGAGAAAGAAGAUGAAAAGGGUCUAAGGUUCUAGUUGUAUUAGCUGGAAUUUGAGGUGCCAGCAUCUGAUUGGA